AUGAACUUUAAUCACAUCUACAAAAUACCUUCACAGAAACUCCGAGUAGACAUACUAUUAUGAAAAGAAAUCUGAAAAGGCAAGAUUAUUUACAACCAGAGUCAAAAGAAUAUCCUCCAAGCAUGGUUUGAACAUGAGCUUUACCCUGAAAAAGCAAACAGGAAACAACUGGCCAAGGAAAUUGGCAUUCCAGAAUCUAAAAUUCAGAUUUGGUUUAAAAACCACAGAGCAAGACAGAGCCGAUUGGGGUUCAGCUCCUCCUUAGGAGAAGACCAAACCCAUGGACAGAACCAGCCUCAGCAGGUCAGCACUAUCUUCCCAAGUUUGAGUUUCCAGCUUGAAUGCAAAAAUGUCCUAAAAACCCUUUUGUCCCUGUGUUCUCUUUUAGAAUACUUACCAAAAGGAGCCACACAAGACCACACAUCUGUUCCAAGAUCUCAAUCAAACAUUCUAGUUCAAGCCUUCAAGAGGAACCAAUUCUUUGACAUUGCAAACAGGAAAACACGCCAAACAGGCAUUCCAAAAUCGAGAAUUCAAAUGUGGUUUCAGGACCCAAGAUCUCUGUACCCUGGGCAGAGCAGAAGUGAGCCUGUGAAUUCCUUGGUAGAUGGCCCAAAUGGGAGACCUGGUCUGACAGCUCAGCAGCACAAAAUUGACCUAUGCACUCUCCCAGGCAGAUCUCAUCAUUUUCCUUCCUCCAGUUCUUUCAGCAGGAACCAACCAUUUCAACCUGUUCCUCUCCCAUCCCACGUAUCCUCUGUCCCUUGUGUGAUCCAAGGACAAACUGUCAUGAUGCAGCCCAUGCAGGCUGUGCAGGGAGGGGAGAACUCUCCCUCUACUCUAACACUUGGGAAUUAUGUGCCAGUACUGCUGACUAUGGGAGGAGACCCAGAUACUCAGUAUCCUUUCUGGCCCCAAUACCAAGAAGAAUGCCAGGAUCACCAAGAACAGACUGACAGGCGAGUACUGCAGUUGGAAGACUAUUCUCAGCCUCAAGCUGAGCACAAAAAACCACCACCACAGGAUCUGAGCCAGGUGGACAUAUCUUACUUUCCACAGUGGUGGGAUGAGUGCUGCCAGGCUCUGAUUGCAGAGUGGGAUCCUCAAUAA